CCUGCGCAUUACAGCGGGCCGAUGGGAGAAAAAUAUGGCGACCAGCUCUGUAUUCACUAAUGGUGUUUACGUCCAGUGUAAACAGUAGUAGACUCGUCCACUUAGUUGAACUCAAGCGCACUUACUGCUGUGGUACUUGACAGGUGCUUUGCUGACAGAGAGGAAAUGGCUAACUGUGCCUGGUCAGAGAAAAUACUUCAACUCAUCCGCCGAAUGAAUAACUUUUAUUUAGCAGGCUCCUGUCGUGCUAAGUGCUUACGGUUUGAGAUAAACAAAUCUCAAGUGGGCUGGGUUCCUCCUCAUGUAGCUGCACUGCUGAGCCGCUAUCCAGAGGUGUUCUGCCCGCCACAGGGGGGCGCUGUGACCCUGUGUCCCAGCCUGGACUCUUACCAGCGCAGGUCUGAGGCCGUGGACACUGUCCUGCAGAGUCUCAGACACGAGCCCUCCCUGACCUGCCUCAAAGGAUGGAGAGACGAGAAGUACAGUGUGAUGUCAAAAUUCUUUGACCCUCCCCUGAUGUGGAUGGAAAGAGCAGCUACAAGUCUUUUUGGGGUGAAGCGCUAUGGAGUCCAUAUCAAUGGCUACACUGUCAGUGACAGUGGGGAAGUCAGCAUGUGGCUCGCACGACGCUCCGCGACUAAACAGACCUUCCCUGGACUGCUGGACAAUGUGGCAGCAGGUGGUCUGGCCGCUGGGGUUGGCAUCAAACACACUCUGGUCAAAGAAUGUCAGGAGGAAGCAUGUAUCCCAGAAACCAUUGCUGAGAAGGCUCAUCCUGUAUCCACAGUCAGCUACACCUAUGAGGAUGAAGAGGGCUUGUUUGCAGAGAGUCAGUUUGUCUUUGAUCUGGAACUUCCUGUGGAGUUCAAGCCCAGAGUCGGAGAUGGAGAGGUGCAAGAUUUCUACCUCCUGCCCAUAGAGAAGGUGAAGGAACUGAUAGCCACUGAUGACUUUAAACCCAACUCUGCCAUGGUGGUCUUGGACUUCCUCAUUAGACACUCGUUUAUUGAGCCAGACUCAGAGCCAUGCUAUCAGGAGUUUGUGACAGGACUCCAUCAGACGUUAGAGUGAAGCCGAGGAGUGAGCCCGCUGUCAGAGGACAACACACAUCUACACUGUUGUUUACAUUCAUCUUUGCAAAUACGGCUGUGUCCCUAGUUUCUGC